GCGGUGCUCUCUUGUACGAGGUCGGGCCGGUGUUCGUAUUGGUUUUCCUCCGUGUUUACAGAACAAUGAGAGUGAAUUAUGCACUACGUAGACCAUAUCAUGCACCAGCACCCGCGAAGACUGCUUGUGAAAUCCCAUCUUCACCCUCCAGCAGUUCAUAUAAUUACCCCAACUACCUUCGUCUCCUCUCGUCUUGCAAAGACCUCAAGUCAUUGCUUCAAGUCCAUGGCCGUUUGAUAGUGUCAGGCCUUAGGGAAGACCAUUUCACACUCUCCCAUCUUAUUAAUUCCUACUCUUCGUUUCACAAAUUUGAUUUGGCUCGCUCUGUUUUCGAAUUCUCGGCUAGCCCAUGUGUCAUUCUAUGGAAUUCAAUGAUAAGAGCUUAUACGCGGUCAAAACAAUGCAAAGAAGCUCUCAUUAUGUACCAUUGCAUGUUGGAGAAAGGGCUGGAACCUGACAAGUACACCUUCACUUUUGUUUUGAAAGCUUGUACAGGUGCUUUAGACUUGCAGGAGGGUAUUUUAGUUCACCAUGAAAUAGCCCGUAGACGAUUAGAUUGUGAUGUGUUUAUAGUGACUGGUCUUGUUGAUAUGUAUUGCAAAAUUGGUGAUUUGAGAAGUGCAAGAGAGUUGUUUGAUAGUUUGCCAAAGAAAGAUGUCGUGGCUUGGAAUACAAUGAUUGCUGGGUUGUCACAAAGUGAGGAUCCUCGUGAGGCGUUGAGAUUAUUUUGGAGUAUGCAGUUGGGGGGUGUUGAGCCUGACGCAGUGAGCUUGUUGAACUUGGUUCCAGCUGUUUCGAGCUUAGCAGAUAUUGAUUACUGUAGAUCUAUCCAUGGAUAUGCGGUUAGGAGGGAUUUUCAUUCUGCUGUUUCGAAUGGAUUGAUUGAUAUGUACUCUAAGUGUGAAGAUGUAAGUUCUGCUCACCAGGUUUUUGAUCGGAUGUGGGGCCGAGAUGAUGUGUCUUGGAGGACGAUGAUUAUGGGCUAUGUGUUCAAUGGAUGUUUCCUUGAGGCAUUGAAGUUAUUUGAUACAAUGAAAGUAGAGAAUCGGAGGAUAGAUAAGAUGUCUGCUGUGAGUGCUCUAUUGGCUGCUGCGGAGAUGAGAGAUUUAGACAAAGGGGAUGAUAUCCAUAAUUGUGCUAUUCAAGAAGGGAUUGAUUCGGAUGUUUUGGUUGCUACUCCUAUUGUGACCAUGUAUGUUAAGUGCGGACAAUUAGAGAAGGCCAAACAAUUGUUUAAGGGACUUCAGUGGAGGGAUUUAGUUGCUUGGUGUGCAUUUAUAAAUGCUUUUGUCCAAUCUGGAUAUCCCAAUGAUGCAUUGUCUCUAUUUCGAGAUAUGCAGAAUGACAACAUGAAACCGGAGAACGUAACUCUGGUGAGUAUCCUUUCAGCAUGUGCAGAAGUAUCUGUAAGAUUAGGUAAAAGCGUGCACUGUUACGCUAUCAAGGCUGACUUUGAUUUUGAUGUUUCAACAGGAACAGCCCUUGUAUCAAUGUAUUCUAAAUGGGGAUUAUUUACUUGGGCGCUGAAUGUUUUCAGUAGAAUUCCAUGUAAAGAUGUCGUGACAUGGAAUGUUCUAAUAAGUGGGUUUGCAUAUAUUGGUGACGUAUACCAUGCUAUGGAAUUGUUCUGUAAAUUACAGCUAUCAGGAAUACAUCCAGCAGCAGGUACCAUGGUCAGUUUGCUUGGCGCUUGUAUGCUGUCAAAUGACUUGAACCAGGGCACCUGCAUUCAUGGGAAAAUUAUAAGAAGUGGAUAUGAAUCUGACUGUCCUAUAAGGAAUGCUCUCAUUGACAUGUAUGCAAAUUGUGGGAGCCAUUCUUCAGCUGAAUUCUUGUUCAAUGAAACAGAGUUUAUGAAGGAUGUGGUAUCUUGGAAUGUUGUAAUUGGAGGAUACCUACAGAAUGGACAUGCAAAUAAAGCUAUAUCCUCCUUUUGCCAGAUGAAAUUGGAGAACUUUCAGCCAAAUUUAGUCACAUUUGCAUGUGUCCUUCCAGCAGUGGCAUAUCUGGCAGCCUUACGAGAAGGCAUGGCUUUUCAUGCCUGCAUUAUCCGAAUGGGAUUUCUGUCUAGUGCACUUGUUGGGAAUAGUCUUAUUGAUAUGUAUGCUAAAUGUGGGCAGCUCGAUUCUUCGGAGAAAUUCUUUAAUGAGAUGGAAAACAAAAACACAGUUUCAUGGAAUGCAAUGUUUGCAGGGUAUGCAGUGCAUGGACAAGGCAGCAAUGCCGUUGCACUUUUCUCGCUUAUGCAAGAGAGCUAUGUCCAAGUUGAUUCCGUGUCCUUCGUCAAUAUUUUAUCUGCUUGUAGACAUGCAGGUUUAAUAGAAGAAGGAAGGAAAAUUUUGGAGUCCAUGUUUGAAAAACACCAUCUUGAACCAGGGUUGGAACACUAUGCUUGCAUGGUAGAUCUUCUAGGUCGAGCUGGUCUAUUUGAUGAAGCCUUGAUUUUGAUAAAGACAAUGCCAAUGGAAGCUGAUGCCGGAGUUUGGGGAGCCUUAUUGGGUGCUUGUAAAAUGCAUUCUAAUAUCAAGUUGGGUGAAAUGGCGCUGCAACAUCUUGUCAAACUUGAACCUGAAAAUCCAACAAAUCACGUAGUUUUAUCGAGUAUGUUCGCGGAAUCCGGUAGAUGGGGUGAUGAGGACAGCACAAGGUCAAGAAUGAAUGAGUCUGGAUUGAAGAAAAUUCCAGGCUGUAGCUGGGUUGAAGUGGAAAACGGGAUCCAUGCCUUCAGAGGCGGUGACUAGAGCCAUUUGCGGUUUAAACAUGCUUUCUGCUGUGGAAUAAUUCGCUUAGAAAGAUGAAAGGGAAGGGAAUGUGCCUGAGACGAGCUACUGAUAUCACACUAACAAGAACAGCAAGGAGAGAGAGAGAGAGAGAGAGAGAGAGAGAGAGGGAGGGAGGGAGGGAGAGAUGUGUUUGUGUAAGCAAGAAUAAUGUCCAGUUAAUUCUGUCCAUGAAGAAUCGAUAACGCGUUUGUAAAGAAAAAGAAACUUAAUAUUUAGUCAAUAAGUUAUCAAGUUA